AUGCUGAUACGAAUGGCUUGUCAGAGGUGCCGCAAGAAACGAGCAAAGUGUGAUGAUGGCCAGGCACCGUGCAAAAGAUGCGACGAGGCCGGAGAAGGACGCGUAUACGACCACCCGCGACGCAAGUCCAAAGACGAUCUACGGGCCGAGAUCGAUAGUCUACGGCGGUACAACGAGGAGCAUGACCGACUACUCCGCGCAAUAUGUUCAAUCAACGACGUCGAAGAGCUGGCGCACCUGAACGGUGAAAACGGGCGUGGCUCGUCAGAUGGAGGUGAACAGGAAUCAUCGGCGGGCUCUUCCAGCUCCAUUCUCGACGAAGCCGUCUGCCCGCACUGCCUGAGCCGACUGCCGUCGCCCACCAUGCACCGUUCUGCCUCGGGCUCGAGCGACCUCAGCACACUGACCGAGGCUCCCAAGGCGACUUCGACACCGGCCCUGGCGGCUCCUGUUUCCCCGUCAUUGCCCUUUGACGAUGCAUCACACGCGCAAACCGACAGGUGGACGUGCGCCGGGUGUACGGUGGCUUCGGUUCGGCAGAUCCUCGACGCCCUCCUCACCUGGGACUACCUCCCCUUCUGCCUCAUGUGCAAGGACCCCUUCUUCCGAGACUAUUGCAGCGGCUCGAGCCGGUACUGCUCCUCUGCCCUGGUAAACGCGCUCAUCGCGCUGGCAACCCAGGUGGUCCACGAGAUCAGCGACGAAGCGGAGAGCCCGGGCCUGGCUUCAAGUGCGGAAGCAAACCACUUUCGACAAGGCCGAGGCCAUUAUCCGCAGAACCGGCCCCUCGGCCAACCUCCCAGAUAUACAGGCCAUCGGGAUUCCUCGCUCUACCAGAUUACCUGCGGGCGCGAGGCCGAAGCUCAAGCGCUUGCCGACUCCUUUGCCGCUAGGAUAGUCAAUCUUUGUCCUCAAGAGCCCCUGAUGGGCUCCGAGGCCGAAAAUAUGCCAAAGUUUGGGCUACUUCCAUACUUCGUCUCGACGGGCCAAGUCUUCACCAUGUCUACGAGUUGCAAGCUACAAGACGACUCAAUAUUUCUAGACCAAUCCGCCUGCGGUGCCGAGUACCUGUUUGGCGGCCAGUGCGGCAGCGGAACUACACCAGACCCUGCCCUGAAAGCACGCGGCUCGCAACUGCGCAAUCUACAGCUCAUUCCAGCAAGAGUCUUCCAGCUCACGGAAUGGGUGUACAAGCUCCUCUCAUCAGCAACCCAUACCCCAAACGGACGAUUCGACACAGCCGAGGUCAUGGCAGUGUAUACCGAGUGUCUCGAUUGGUACGAAGGAUUCUUCUCCUACCCAAAACCGGCGGCAGUGACACCCCUUUGUACUCUUUAUCUACAUGUACUAUCAGUUCUGCCUACUCUGCCUGUUCCGCCCUCUCGCCAACCUUGUCCUGGCUGA